AUGAUUUGGCUAGUCAUAUUCAUCAAACACUUAUGGACUGUGAAUACCUAUGAAAACAUAGCGCUGACUAGACCUGCCUGGCAGCGUUAUCCCUUUCAUGGCACACCAUGGGCAGCAACAUUGGCUGUUGACGGACGCCGGUCAGAUUUGUCCGCCAGAGGAGGACAGUGUGCGAUAUCAGCAAAUAGUAGAUCAAUAGCAGAAUGGAGGGUAGAUCUGGGAGAAAUUCGAAACUUGCAUCACGUUUUUAUACAAUACAGGACGGAAAAUGUCGCUUGGGAUGAAAAAAACGCCCAUACGGAUAGAUUCUUGGGAUUUUCAAUCUAUGUCUCGAACACCACCUACAGAAAGGACUGGAAACUGUGUUUCAAGGACAACAGCUAUACCAGAGCCACAAUACCCAAUCCUAUCAAUGUUACGUGCCUUAUACACGGGAGAUUUGUCAUAUACUACAACAACAGAACUCAUCUUCCGUUCCCUGUUGGGUAUUCUACUUACGCCUUUAACGAUCUGUGUGAGGUUGAAGUUUAUGGUUGUCUGAAACUAGGGUAUUACGGAGAGAACUGCUCCACACCCUGCCCAGAUAACUGUGAGAAUGGAAAUUGUGACAUUGUGGAUGGGACCUGCAAUAGCUGUGUUCCGGGAUAUAGAGGAUCUAUGUGUAACAAAGUAUGUGGCGCCUGCUACGAAAAAGAACAAUGUGACUACAAAAAUGGUACUUGUCCAAGUGGAUGUGAGGACGGGUAUAAAGGGAGACAAUGCAAAACUGUUUGCAACAACAACACGUAUGGACCUAAUUGCUCUAGGACAUGUGGAGAUUGUCUCUACCUGUACGGAGAAAAAUGUAACCACGUGACCGGUCAGUGUCCUCGUGGAUGUGCUUCCGGCUUUCAAGGAGACCUUUGUGUUGAAUCAAGAGAUGAAUUUAAGAACGAGACAACGGUUGCAUGGCCAAUGUAUAAUGCACAUGGUCCACCAGUUUUGCAAACUACAGUUCAAGUUCCUUUUUAUUCCAUCGUCACCGGUGUCGUAUUAUUUUCAGGCAGUGUUGUUCUCAACCUGAUUUUCAUAUCCAGAAAAGCACUUUUAAGAUGUCGCAAUCGAGACAAAAAGGUGGACGAAUCUGUCGAAAUGUCGGAUACAUAUGUCUACAGUAUUUAUGUUCUAGAAAACGGGUGUGCCGCUCACCAAGAACUGGAGGAUUUUGACAAAAAUGAAAACGAUGAUAUAUAUACUUAUGUAGAAUAGAACUGGAAUUAUACGGGAUAUAUGCUUAUUAUGAAGCUAAGUGCUUUUAAGAAUAUUUGUUAUGUGACAAUUUAAAUACAAUUGUUUAGAAGACAAUUGUUCUAUUUUCUUUUUUAAAUCUUACUUUGACACGGCCAAAAGAACAUAUUGGUAUAAUUAAUUCUGUUAUAAUGUUAAUCAAAUUACUGAAAAGCGCUAACCCAGCCUGGCUAUAAAGGAAAUUUACUUUGUGCAGGCUAGGU